UGUCUUGUGGGUGGAAGCGCGCUGACUGGAUUUUGGCGUUCCGAGCAAUGCUGCGGCGGGGAGACCGGGACCGGACGCCCAGAGAGGCACCUGAUGUUUUGAGUGCCUGAAAUAAGGAGGAAGACUCCUCCGAGGGAAGGAUACCUGAAGAGAUACCUGAAGGAAGAAUUCUAAUUAGGCCGGUGAAGAGAGGCAGACUCUUCCAUAUAAAACAACGUGUGCAGAGGCGCUGUGACAAUGGGAGGACACUGACCAAAAAGCACAGAAGCCAGUGUGACCAGUACGAAGAGAAUGAAGGGGAAAUGAAGGGGAGUACGGUACAAGCUGAAGCUGGAGGCGGGUAGAGGACACUUGAAUUAGCUUUAGCAGAAGCGAUAUGGAGGAGCCAUAGAACAUUAAGGAUGAAUUCAGGAAGACCGGAGACCAUGGAGAACUUGCCUGCUCUCUACACUAUUUUCCAAGGAGAGGUUGCUAUGGUGACAGACUAUGGAGCCUUUAUCAAAAUCCCAGGCUGUCGGAAGCAAGGUCUGGUCCAUCGAACUCACAUGUCAUCCUGUCGUGUGGAUAAGCCUUCUGAGAUAGUAGAUGUUGGAGACAAAGUAUGGGUGAAGCUUAUUGGCCGAGAGAUGAAAAAUGAUAGGAUAAAAGUAUCCCUCUCCAUGAAAGUCGUCAACCAAGGGACUGGGAAAGACCUUGACCCCAACAAUGUUAUCAUUGAGCAAGAAGAGAGGCGGAGGCGGUCCUUCCAGGAUUACACUGGGCAGAAGAUCACCCUCGAGGCUGUCCUGAACACCACAUGCAAGAAGUGUGGCUGUAAAGGCCACUUUGCAAAGGAUUGUUUCAUGCAGCCAGGCGGGACCAAAUACUCUCUGAUACCUGAUGAUGAGGAAGAGAAGGAAGAGCCAAAGUCAGCAGAGUUUGAGAAGCCUGACCCCACAAAGAAUUCUAGAAAAAGAAAGAAAGAAAAGAAGAAAAAGAAACAUAGAGACAGAAAGUCAUCUGACUCUGACAGCUCAGACUCUGAGAGUGAUACAGGCAAGAGGGCAAGGCACACAUCAAAAGACAGCAAGGCAGCCAAGAAGAAGAAAAAGAAGAAGAAACACAAGAAGAAGCACAAGGAGUGAGAGUGCAAAGAGGAGAGGGGGUGGUUGAGAGAAGAAGGAACCAGGAGCCUUGUGCCCUGCAGCCCUGGCUCCUAAAAGACCCAAUAGUGAGAAUGUGGCCUCCCACCCCAUGACUUCUCUCCCAUGGGAGAUGGCUUCCCCUCAAGCAGCAGACAGGUUUGGGAGUUACAUGUCAGAAGCAUCUGCCUGAAUGAGUUGUCUCCUUGUCACUCCUCGUCCAUUUGCAAGUGACCCCUGCAGCUCUCUCAUCCAUUCACCCAACUUCUUUAUUCGGCAGGAGAUUCUAUUAUCCUCUCCAGCUGCCACUGCCAGAGUCUGAUUCCUGUACAGGAGUCCAGGCUAGAGCCACAGUUACUGCUGUGGAGGUGAGUCUGGCUUGUAUUUGGAGAACAGAGAGAUUGGCCCCUCCGCGGUGGUUUGCCCUGGGCUGAUUGGUCGGUGAUCUCUGCUGCACCCAACCAACACAGGGGCAUAUAGGCAACUGGCAGUCUGAAAAAGAAUGUGGUAGGAAGUGGUGCUCGCUUUUUCCAUUUUCCCUAACGUAAUUUGACUAUGCUAGAAGUUACAGCCAGUGGUUGCGGCCAGAAAACCAUUGUCCACAGUGACUGAGCUUGUGUGUGACAGUCUGCCAGGCCACCAAACCAGACGACGCAAGCCAAGAUCAUUGCUUUACUUUGUGUUUACUACUGUACGAGUCAAUUGGUUCCACUUCAGGUUUCUGCUUAAAUUCCUGGCACUAAAUGGAAGUGUGUUUGGUUUUAAACUUACUGAAAGUUCUUAUUGCUACAAUACUUCUUCCCAGACUUAACUUACAGACUUAAAAGUCAGAGUCUACAUGACUUGACAGGAAACCAUUUAAUGUGUUACCUUGGACUGUGGAGAGGCCCAGCUCAGGCGCAGAGCCAGAUGUACUAGCAGGUGCUUAGAUCACUCAUAAGCUCCCUCUUCUGUAGUGCUCAGAUGACCUCUUCUCCCAGAGUUGACUAGAGAACCAGUGAGAAUUUAUAACUGAGUAAUGGCCUGAGGUAUAGGUGGGAGCUCAGCAGUCAUCUAGGCCAGUGGGCAUUUUCUCCCACCACUAUGGCACAAGCCUGGAUCCUUUGUCCUGAGCCUGCAUUCUGGAAUGAGAGAGAAUGCAGCACUGCACAGAGAAGAGCACCUGCCCAGACCCAAGAGCAUUCAAUACAGACAGGCCUGAGGUGAUGGUUCAGUAGCCAGGCCUAGGGAAGCCCUGCCGCUGAUGGAUUAUUCCAGGAUGGACUAGCUCAUUUGGCCAUGGAGAGGAAGUAAAGGCAAGGUAUAGGUACAGCUGUUACAUUAUUGUAUGUGUA